UUUCGCUCUUAUUUCUUCACUUCAAUCAACCCAUCAUAUAUUAUAUACACUAGUAUACAUAUAUAACCACCAUCAGAAACCAAACCAAAACAUAACCUCUUCAUUCUUCAAUCAACUCAUCAUGUCAACCAUAACACGAGACGAAUCCGACUACGACAGCAGCUGCUCAUCCACCACCGUGCCAGACUCCACACGGAGCUGGAUGAGCACCGCCAGUUUCGGCAGCCGCCGGCUCUCCAUCUCCGGCGACCCCUCACAAAAACCACAUAAAGCGAACCAAGCCGCAUGGGAAGCCAUAAAACGACUACGUUUUGAAAAAGGUGGCCAGGUGAGUCUAGACCAUUUCAAGAUCUUGAAACGGGUCGGGUCGGGGGACAUAGGCACUGUUUAUUUGUGCCAGAUCCGGAACCCGGUGGUGGGCUUACCGAAUAACUUGUAUGCGAUUAAAGUGGUAGAUAUGGAGGCGUUGGCCGUCAGGAAAAAGUUGCAGAGAGCGGAGAUUGAGAAGGAGAUUUUGGCGGGUUUGGAUCACCCGUUUUUACCGACGCUUUAUGCGGAGUUUGAAGCGUCGCAUUAUUCGUGUUUGGUUAUGGAGUUUUGUCCCGGUGGUGACUUGCAUGCUGCACGGCAACGGCAGCCCGGAAAACGGUUUAGUAUUUCGUCAGCUAAGUUCUAUGUUGCAGAAACGUUGGUAGCCCUAGAGUAUCUACACAUGAUGGGCAUAGUUUAUCGAGAUCUCAAGCCCGAAAAUGUGCUUGUUAGAGAAGAUGGUCACAUAAUGCUCUCGGAUUUUGAUCUUUCCCUAAAAUGUGACGUUGUCCCUAAACUAAUCCGUUCCAAACCUGGCCGACCCAAACAACUAGACCCCGAUGAUGAUGACCAUGAUCAUGACCCUUACCUAAGAUGCUCAACGCCAUCUUGUGUUACCCCGAUACAACCUGUCUUAUCAUCAUGUUUGUCUUUGCGAAAAACUAAGCACACCCCUCCAACCACCGUAAUCACUGAAAAAAUUGUGUUUGAAGAGUACAACACGGAGUUAGUGGCUGAACCACUAAACACAAGAUCAAAGUCAUUUGUGGGGACCCACGAGUACCUGGCCCCAGAAGUGAUCUCGGGCCAGGGCCACGGGGGUGCAGUCGAUUGGUGGACCCUAGGGAUUUUCUUGUAUGAAUUAUUAUAUGGGAUCACACCCUUUAAGGGUGAGAACAAUGAGAAGACACUCAUUAACAUAUUGAAGCAACCACUAAGUUUUCCAAGAAUUGGUGUGAGUACAAGUAAAGAAUAUGAAGAAAUGGUGAAAGUACAAGACCUUAUUGCAAGACUCCUUGUGAAGAACCCUAAAAAAAGGAUUGGAAGUUUUAAGGGUUCAAUAGAGAUUAAAAAGCAUGAGUUCUUUAAGGGUGUUAAUUGGGCCUUGAUUAGGUCUGUUAGGCCCCCAGAGGUCCCAAGUGAGAUGAUGAAGAUGAGAAAUAGGGUAGUAGUGGUGCCCAAGCUCAUGAGCAAAAAACAAAGAGAUGCACCCUUUCAAAUCCCUACUCAUCAUUUUGACUACUUUUAGAAUAAAUAUGUGUAUGUAGAUAAAGAUCAACUAAUCCUAGGCUAGACUUGCUUUUUGGUUGUCAA